UAUUACACAUCCCUUUAACAUGUUCUUCUACUUGUUUUUGUUGUCGCUGCUGCUCCGUACAGAAUACGGCCAUGGAGUUGAUCCCUACCAGUGCCCAGAAUCAAGGUGCGGAGCCGACGGUCCGAUUUCCAUUUAGGCUGGAAAAGAGACAGGCAGAGAAGUGUGGGUAUCCUGGAUUCCAUCUCUCUUGUACUGAAAGCAACCAGACACUGCUCCACCUUCCAUUUUCAGUCAAGCUCUUUGUAACAGAAAUCGAUUACCAGAAUCAAAAAAUCUACGUGAGCGACCCUCAUGGUUGUCUUCCCAAGCAGGCGUUGCGAAGCCAAAGGAAAUAUUUGCAGAUUGAAGAUUAGUACCUCAAAACCAGCAAUACAAUGUCUCAGCAUCCACUCUCAAUACAAAGGAGGGUGGAGGAAGAGGGUAGUGGUUGCAGGGUCAAUAUUAGGUUCGCUUUUUCUUGCUGUGAUGAUCUAUGGAGGGUAUAGAUUUUACUCUUCUGACAAAGCUGAAAAAGAAAACCAAGCUAAAAUAAAACAGUUUCCAGAGGAUUUUAGAGCUCUUAAGCCUACAAGAUAUUCCUAUGCUGAUCUUAAGAGGAUCACUAAUCAGUUUAUGGAAAAUCUGGGUGAAGGAGCCUAUGGAAUUGUGUAUAAAGGAAAGCCGUCAAAUGAAAUCUUUGUGGCUGUAAAAAUACUCAACAAUUCUACAGGGAGUGGUGAAAAGUUCAUAAAUGAAGUGAAGAUGAUGGGUAGAAUCCACCAUGUUAAUGUGGGUCGCUUGGUUGGCUAUUGUGCUGAUGGCUUCAGACAAGCUCUCGUCUACGAAUACUUGACAAACAAUUCGCUGAAGAAGUUCAUAUCUUCUGCAGACACAAAUAGCAACUUUCUUGGCUGGCAUAAGUUGUAGGAUAUUGCUAUUGGCAUAGCCAAAGGCAUUGAGUAUCUGCACCAAGGUUGUGAUCAAAGAGUCCUCCAUUUUGAUAUCAAACCUCAUAAUAUCUUACUAGAUGAAAACUUCAAUCCUAAAAUCUCGGAUUUUGGUCAGGCCAAGCUGUGUUCCAAGGAUCAAAGUGCAGUGUCAAUGACAGCAGCGAGAGGGACAAUGGGCUACAUUGCUCCCGAAGUUUUCUCGAGGAACUUUGGGAAGGUAUCUCACAAAUCGGAUGUUUAUAGUUUUGGAAUGUUAUUGCUUGAAAUGGUGGGAGGUAAGAAGAUGUCUGACAACACAACUGAAAUCUACUUCCCAGAGUGGAUAUAUAAUCUUUUGGAACAAGGAGAUGAGUUGAGAAUUCAUAUGGAGGGAGAGGAAGAUUCUGAAAUUGCUAAAAGGCUUGCAAUUGUUGGAUUGUGGUUCAUACAGUGGUACCAAAUUGGUCGUCCUUCAAUGAAGGCUGUUGUGCAAAUGCUGGAUGAAGGAUAUGAUCUAACAAUGCCUCCGAAUCCUUUCGCCUUUACACGCCUAAAAGGACCUACUACAAGCACGGUUUUAAGGCACGGUCACCGGAAACUUGAAACCAUCUCUGAAACUCACCAAGAAUUAGACAUCAUCCAGGAGAUGGAGUGACAAACUUGUCUGGAAUUCUGUAAAAUUCUGUAACAAGAUAAAUUAGUGUUUAUUGCUGCAAAAUUCUGAAACAACAGUGAUUCACUAGAGACCUUAAACUUCCCUUUGUCGACUUUAUAGCAUGUCAUACGAUAUUGUAGAAAUCACAAUCAUAUUCUCCGUGUAUCAGAGAAUGGUUUUACUUAUUAAUUAGAUCAUUCUGCCUUGUAA